AUGAUCGUUCCUUCCUGCGCCUGGACUCGUGUUGGCUUGAGGCGCAUACCGAACGCCCCUUGCUCCCGGAACAACAACUCCGGAACCACCUUCGAACGCGCACGCACACAUGUCCGUCCUGCCAAUGUCACUCGAAGAUGUCAUUUUGAUAAAUCGAAUGCAGAAGGCAGAGCGACGGAAACUGCGCAGUCGAUUCCCGGGCCAAGCUGGCUUUGGCUCGAACCCAUUAUCGAGCCCUUUCGUGCAUACGGCCGCGUGCAACAAAGGAGGCCGUACAGAACACAACUCAUAUCUUCUCUGGUCAUAUACUUCAUCGGCGACCUGGUUGCCCAAAGUAUCGCGCCUGUCGAAUCCAAGGAAGCACAAGAAGGGGUGGACGAUGCAGCGGAAAAGGGCUGGGUUCAAGAAUGGAGCGACAACCGCGACUGGGCUCGUACAGGGCGAGCACUCGCAAUUGGAGGACUGAGCUCUAUCCCAUCGUACAAGUGGUUCUUGUGGUUAUCCCACAACUUCAACUACAGUUCCAAGAUACUCUCUCUGUCCACAAAGGUCUUCAUUAACCAAGCCUUCUUCACGCCCUUGUUCAACUCCUACUUCUUCGGCAUGCAGUCGCUUCUUUCUGGCGCAACCCUCCCCGAGAUCCUGGAACGGAUCAAGAAUACAGUACCCACAAGCUGGUACAACAGCUGUAAACUCUGGCCUGCGGUCACAGCAUUCAGUUUUACCUACAUACCCAUACAAUACCGCAGUAUAUUUGGUGGCGUUAUUGCUAUUGGGUGGCAGACAUACCUCAGUCUGCUAAAUACAAGGGCUGCAGCCAAAGAGGAGAUGGAACACUCAGCGACGCACGAGGCGCCAAUAAGCGUGCGAACAGCUCAAAGGGCUGAGCAUGGACUGUUCGAGCAAAAGUGCACUGCGUAG